GGGCGGGGCUCGGCCGGACGGCGGUUGCUGGGCGGAUCUGCGGUGUGGCCGGUGGGCUUCUGUUCUUCGGCUCGUCCACGAUUCAUGAAACUUCGCUAAAGAUGUCUAAGCAACAACCAGCUCAGUUUAUAAAUCCAGAAACUCCUGGCUAUGUUGGAUUUGCAAAUCUUCCCAACCAAGUUCACCGAAAAUCAGUGAAAAAAGGUUUUGAGUUCACACUAAUGGUGGUCGGUGAAUCGGGUCUAGGAAAGUCAACUCUCAUCAACAGCCUGUUCCUGACCGACCUCUACCCAGAGAGAGUCAUCCCGGGAGCUGCAGAGAAAAUUGAAAGAACUGUCCAAAUUGAGGCUUCGACUGUUGAGAUUGAAGAGCGAGGGGUCAAGCUGCGCCUGACAGUGGUGGACACACCCGGCUAUGGGGACGCUAUCAACUGCAGGGACUGCUUUAAGACAAUCAUCUCCUACAUUGACGAGCAGUUUGAGCGGUACCUGCACGACGAGAGUGGCUUGAACAGACGCCACAUCGUGGACAACAGGGUGCAUUGCUGCUUCUACUUCAUUUCCCCCUUCGGACAUGGGCUUAAGCCCUUAGAUGUUGCGUUUAUGAAGGCGAUACACAAUAAAGUCAAUAUUGUGCCUGUCAUUGCCAAAGCUGACACUCUCACUCUAAAGGAGCGGGAGCGCUUGAAGAAAAGGAUUCUGGAUGAAAUUGAAGAGCAUAACAUCAAAAUCUAUCACUUACCUGAUGCAGAGUCAGAUGAAGAUGAAGAUUUUAAAGAGCAGACUAGGCUUCUCAAGGCCAGUAUCCCGUUCUCUGUGGUGGGAUCCAACCAGCUGAUUGAAGCCAAGGGCAAGAAGGUCAGAGGCCGCCUGUACCCGUGGGGUGUCGUGGAGGUAGAGAACCCGGAGCACAACGACUUUCUGAAGCUGAGGACCAUGCUCAUCACUCACAUGCAGGACCUACAGGAGGUGACCCAGGACCUUCACUACGAGAACUUCCGUUCUGAGAGGCUCAAAAGAGGCGGCAGAAAAGUGGAAAAUGAGGACAUGAAUAAAGACCAGAUCUUGCUGGAAAAAGAAGCUGAGCUGCGCCGCAUGCAGGAGAUGAUUGCCCGGAUGCAGGCCCAGAUGCAGCUGCAGCUGCAGGGCGGGGAUGGCGAUGGCGGGGCCCAUGGGCAGCUGGCCUGAGAAAACACUUUGCAAGAUAAAGAAAACAUUGCGGAUCAGGAACACCAGCUCUGAGUUUUCAAGAAGCCUGUCCACAUUUUCCAGUGCCUGUGGCCUGACAAAUUUUUUUUUUUUUUAAUUUUUGAUGUGUUCUUUUGUAUGCAAUACUUUUAAACAAUUGUAUUCAUUGCUAGGGUCUACUUCUGUUUUGUGAGCAAACCUUGCAUUUUCAUUUUCUUUCACCUUAACUAACCACUAAUGUUAGAAUUGAUUUCCAGGAGCAGCCAGCAUGUGUAGUUAAUAUGAUUUGGCUAGCCUAACCAACUAGUCAUUGAGGAGCAUUCUUGAUUUAUUUCUAGAACAUUCAGAUUUCCCCAGAAUGUUCCUGAGUUGUAGAGACAUGGACCUCGUGACAUAGGAGGUACAAGGCCAUUUACUUAGCAGGAUGCGCCAUGUGGGGUUCAUCCCCGCCUUUCUUCUGUUUGAGAACAACACCUAAAACCAGUUUUGCUGCUAUAAUUCAGUACCAUUAGUUCAUCUACACACUUGUCUGUUUACCAAAUAAAACAGUAGAGUUAUCUAACAAGAUACAUGUUUAUACUUAAAUAGCUUUCUUUUGAAGCACAGGCUUUUAGGGGUAAAUUUUAAGAAGUCUCUGGAUUCUUAUGCUAGGUCAUUUUUAAACCACUAUGCAGAGAACUUGCCACAAGCCACUUUUUUUAGUGUUCUCCACGAAUGCUAGUUAUGCUCUGCUCCGGAAAACAUCAGCGUACCUGUGAGCUCCAGUUUUCAUAUCACAACUAAGAUUCUUACCAACACAAUGAGAGUCAAUGAACUGUUUUUACUCAACUAAAUUAAAAAAUAACUUUUUAAGGAAAAUUAACAAUUGAUCUGUUCAGAAACUAACCUUUUGUACUUUUAUACUGCACUUUAAUAUAUUUUCUGUAGCUGCAGGUUUAGAAGACCUGCCUCAGCAGUGGAAAUUAGGGUCCUAUGGGUGGGUGGGUGCCUCUGAACCCAGACCUGUCUUACAGUCCCUGAGGCCUUCGCCCCAUGCAACCCAAAAUGCCAACCAGCUUUUCCCAAUUUGGCUUUCCUUUAACUUUUUUGAAUGGUUUUCUGAAAGGCAAAUAGCAGUGGUCAUUUUUUAUGUGUAGGCUAUCUCAUCCAUUCAUUAUAUGCAAUACAAUUUCUCCGUGUGUCAUGUAAGAAUGAAAGACGUUUCAGAUCUGCACCGUGGGCUGGUGGGCAGGUGCUGCCAGUCACAGCUGCACCUGUGGAUUUCCUGUGCUUUGGCCUUGGCCCCCCUCCCUCCUGCUGUGUCCUCUGCUGUGCACUCCGAGGGUGCUGGUGUUCCAGGGCUGCCCUCCUUCAGCAUUUCUACUGACGUUGGGAAAUGGGUCCCCAGAAAGUGACUGGUGAAGGGGACCUGGAGGGAACCAGGUGCUGGUUCAGUAUUUUCAUUUUUUGCUCUAACAGGAGGGGUUGAGAUAGAGAAAAUGCUUGAUCUGAGGAUGAGAAGCGUUUUCUGUUUUGGCCAAAAAAUGAAAUGAGGUCAAAAUAUAUUACAAAAGUGUACUACAGAAAAUAAUACGAUAUCCUUGCUAACUUGGCCUCUUCACUGUUGCAUAAUUGUGAAUGGUCAGUAGCUUUAGGUAUGGGCACAUUGUGCAAAGGUUUUACCAAGAAAAAGUGUUCCACGACUUUCAAGGCCAGUCAUGUGGGUUAUUUUGGCAUUGAUCAACCGUGUUAGUAAAAGCUGUUUAAAGGGAGGCAGGGGGACAUUUCCAAGAGGUCGGUAUCAGCCCUGUGUGCAUUUGAGUAAACUGCUUAGGGCUGGCUGCCCCAGUAAUGGUUAGACGCGAGGGUAUACCUUCACUGUUACCCUUUUAUAUCCCCUUUUGUUGCCCAUACCUAAAUACACACUUUUGCUAGUAGAUAAUUGCUCUUUUACUAAGAGAUAAUCUUUACCUAUUGAAAUGUAUUUUGAAAACUUAUUUUACACAGCAAUUUUGUAUCCAUUGAAACUAACCUUUAACCAAUAAAGCACUAUUGAUAAGA